GCCUCACACCUGCACUUCUGCCAGACAGGUAAACGAUCUCUUUUGUGCGCGGAUCUAAUCUCCUUAGCGUCGCGCCGACGCGUAUAAAUGUCCUGCGCGCCUCCGUUGUUGCCGCACUUUGUCGAACAUGAAAGCCAUCGUGAUCUUGGUGCUGGCAGCGACCCUGGUGACCAGCCAGGAGGAAAGAGACCUCAGCAACGUGUUCCGAUGGGAGCUUCGUCAUCCCAGCAUCCCUGGACCGGUUCGUGAGACCGCCAAUGCCUCAGGUCCCGGUUCUCGUGGCGGGCCGUGGACGGCGCGCAUCGUGGGCGGGCAGGAGGCGCUCACGCACCAGUUCCCCUACCAGGCGGCGCUGCUGCUGCCCGUGCAAGGGGGCAGGUCCUUCUGCGGGGGGUCAGUCGUCGACAACCAGUGGAUCCUCACCGCCGCGCACUGCGUCGACUCGUUGGUGGGGCCCGCUGAGGUUAUCCUCGGAGCCCACGACAUCCGCAAGGUGGAGGCCUCGCAGACGGUGCUGCACUCCAGCGAGGUCUUCGUGCACCCGGAGUGGAACCGGCUGCUGCUGAGGAACGACAUCGCGCUCAUCAAGCUGCCGUGGAGGGUGGCGUACAACGCAUACAUUCAGCCAAUCAGGUUGCCGUCUGUUGCCCAGCUGUCCAAGACCUUCGCUAACGUUCCGGCCACAGUGAGUGGAUGGGGAUUGGAUUCCGACACCGCCACGGCGGUGAGCCCCGUGCUGCGCUACAUCAGCCAGCCCGUGCUCAGCAACGGAGUGUGCACGCUCAGCUACUUCGGCGUCAUCACGGAGUCGCACAUCUGCACGUCGGGCCAGGACGGCAAGAGCACCUGCUCGGGCGACAGCGGCGGUCCCCUGACCAUCCUCGACUCGGACGGCGCCAGGACCCAGAUCGGCGUCGUGUCCUUCGGCCUGGCCCUGGGCUGCGAGAUCGGCUGGCCCGCCGCCUACGCCCGGGUCACCAGCUACGUCGUCUGGAUCACGGGCGUCACCGGCAUCCCCCUCCGGAUGGAGUGAGGACCUCCGCGAUCUUCUCGGCCCGCCGUCCGGGCCUGUAUGGGGAGAAGCGAAUAAAACUGCAGCAACAAUA